GUGCGCUCGCAACUCGUCUCAGUGGAGGAAGGAGACCUGAGAAUCUCUCCUUCACUUCCCCAAAAGGCAGUAUUUCCCUUUUAGGCAAUCAUCUUUCCACCAUCCACAUGCCUGUAAUCAGAAUGCCUGGAUGAAUGUGGUGGUUGCAGUCAUAGGAUAGAUGAGAGAAGAAGACUUUUCCAUGUAUGAUCUUCUGCUAUCUGCGGAGCACCGAGAACCCCUGCACUCAUAGAUGCUUCCUGGUUGUAGAAUAGGUGUAAGACCAGCAGUAUUCAUGGUCACCCUCGCAGUACUUCGAUGAGGAAACUUACUCCCCUGCACCCAGGAACAUGAAGGGUCUCUCUGGUGGCCGCCCUACCCAUCUCCAGCUAACAUCACCCACCUCACCUUACACCUGUGGCUUGGCCGAUUGUGACCACUCCCUGGAUCACCAUCUUCACCAUGGUGACCCUCGGUCACCCACCUACCUCCUCAGCCCCACUGACAGCUGUGCCCUUGAGAGUCAUCACCGCUGCUCCCCACGGAGUUCCAUCCACUCUGAGUGCAUGAUGAUGCCAGUGUCACUAUCAGCCACUGACCACUCUAUAUCCAGUAGCACUUUCCCUCGUAUGCAUUAUGGCAGCGCUUCGAGAGAUGGAGGUGGAAAUAGUUCUGGUGGUAGGGAUUCUCGGGACGACGGUGGCUCCUCCUCACAUGGUGGCAGUGGCAAAAUGAACCGGAUCCCUGCAAAUCUUUUGGAUCAGUUUGAAAAGCAGAUGCCACUGCACCGAGACGGCUUCCAUACAUUGCAGUACCAACGCACCUCCACCACAACUACAACCACAGAGCACCGCAAUGAAAGCCCCGGCCGAAUUCGCCACUUAGUUCACUCAGUACAGAAACUCUUCACAAAGUCACACUCCCUGGAAGGAUCCUCCAAAAUGAAUGGUACCAAAAAUGACUCUCACAGGGAUGGAUCACAUCACCACCAUCACCACCACCAAGGCCACCACAAACACAGCAAACGCAGCAAGAGCAAAGACCGCAAAUCUGAUGGCGGAGGAAAGCAGCGCCAUGGUGGAUGGUGGAGCUCGGAUGACAAUCUUGAUAGUGACAGCACGUACAGGACACCGAGCAUUAUGUCGCGGCAUCCUGUUGACCACAUCACCCACUGUUACCCAGACUCAAUGCACAGCCACUUGGCUGGGGACCUGUCAUUAAAGACCUCAAAGAGCAACAACGACGUCAAGUGCUCUGCCUGUGAGAGCAUUAACAUGGCACCUGAGGGCAAGUUCAUGAAAAGGAGCUCCUGGUCAACAUUAACCGUCAGCCAAGCCAAGGAAGCCUACAGGAAGUCUUCACUCAACCUGGAGAAACCCAUGACCCCCACUGACCUCAAAUCAAGUUUGAGACCAUGUCACUAUCUACAGGUACCCCAGGAUGAGUGGGCAGGUUAUCCUGGUGGUGGAAAGGAUGAUGAGAUCCCUUGUCGUCGAAUGCGGAGUAGCAGCUAUGUCAAAGCCAUGGGGGAUGAGGAGAGCGGGGAGUCAGACUCCAGCCCAAAGACAUCACCUCAGAAGUCGAUGCGACCAGAUGCCCUGAUCAAGGCCAUCAUCAGACCCAAGGACUUGCUGGACUCUCAAAGUUCUUACCGCCUGGAUAAAAUCAACAGUGACAUGCAUAACUACAUCACCAAUUUUGCUGCAGACUUAAGUCAGAACUACCACUUGCAGGCUGCCAGGGAAAUACACCCUAGUCUUGCCUUGGAUCCCUCUAUCAACUACAACUCGCCCAAGUUUCGUUCCCGGAACCAGAGCUAUAUGCGGGCUGUCAGCACGCUUAGUCAGGCUAGCUGCGUCAGUCAAGUGAGCCAGGUUAGUGAAACUGAAGUAAAUGGUCAGUUCGAAUCUGUGUGUGAGUCGGUGUUCAGUGAAGUAGAAUCCCAAGCCAUGGAGGCACUGGACCUCCCUGGAUGCUUCAGAACCAGGAGCCACAGUUACCUACGAGCCAUCCAGGCUGGAUACUCCCAAGAUGAUGACUGCAUCCCCCCUAUGGCAUCCACUGUUACCUCCACUAUCAGGUCUACCACAGACAGAAAUUAUGUGCAGGAAGAAACUUGUUUACCUGAUCAAGACAGUAUACCUGAGGAUUUGGCAGAUGCAGCCCCAUUGACACAUGAUGAUCUUGGGUGCCCCAUCAGAAGAGACAGGCUUUACAACCAAGAUGCUGUGGGGGCUACUGCAAAACCUAUAUCUGGGCCACCUGUUUCUCCAAGCCUCUUUCGAUCCCCAAGAUCUAGUGCUCCUGAAAGACCUUCACCAAAAGCCAUCCAAGCUAGUAUAAAAGAGUCUGCCACAUUAGCUGCAGCUAUCAGCAUGCAGUGGAAGGAAGAAGUUUCCGCCAUGCGUCGAGAACUGGCUGAACUCAGGCGGGAUCUAUGUAAGGAGCUUCGUGCUUUCAACAGUAAUUUCAACACUUUCACACAGCAUUACAACACAUGGUCUCCUCAAGGUGGUGGAAUGGCAGCAGGAACUGGAGCAGGCUUAAGCAAAGGUGCUGUGACUGGUUCAGGAACAGGAACUAGAGUGGGGACAGGCUUUGGCGGAGGAGGAGUUGCAACAACAUCCACAGACAAAGGGAUUGGGGGAGCAAGAGAGAAAAAUCCACAGAUAUCCAAAGUAUCUGUAGGAAUUCAGGCCAGAAGCAAAGCCCUGGUAAGACAAAGCACUGCUGAUGCAGCUGUUAAUUGUCCAGAGGAGAAUGAGGAAAAGAAAAGUUCUCGCCGAAAUUUGCCAAAACAGCUUUCAAUGGACCCAAGCAUUCUUGCUUGUCCGCAGUCCAUGUUUGUAGAGAGUGCCAUCCCACUCUCUCUAGAUCCAAUACUUCCUUGCUCAAGUAGAACAGUUAAACCAGAGCCAAUUGAUUCCUCUGUGGUAUCAUCCACAUCUAAGCCAGACUUGGAACUGCCAUUCAAAGAUAAUGUAACUUUGUCUGCUUCUCUCACAAAUGAGGCAAUAAUCACUCAGGAGACUGCUUUGCUCUCAUCAGAAAAAGUCCUCGAACACCCUCAGGAUUCAUCUACAGUGAAACAAGAAAUCCUUGUCACUCACCAACUAAAAGAUGUGGGCCCAGCUAAUGAGUCCCUUUCACAUGGUAAACAAUCUCAUACUGAUGUUACAAAAUCCCAAGUCCCAGAACAAAUUGAAAGAGACAAGAUAAAACUACCAUAUCCAGUCCCUACAGUUACUGUGUCUCCACCAGAGGAAUAUGAUUAUGACGUAACCCCAAAUCAAGAGAUUGAUGGUCCUGUCAAUGUUGAGAAGCCACAGGCCAUCCAUCAAGACCCACCUACAGAGUCUUUACAUCUUUCAGGAGCAGAGGGAUCUGAUCCUAAUGAUUCAACAGAGAUAGGGUCAAAAACAUCAAAAAUACCCUUGGUGUCUUCGUCAAACCCUUUCAAAGAUACAACACCAGUCUGUGACAUUCAGUCAACUGAUUCUGAUAAUGUUAAAUCAAAUUAUCCAGAAACUGGGAUCAAAUGUCCAUCAAUUGUGGUCUCAGAGCACUUUGAUGUAGGAUCUCCAGCAAGUUCAACUGAUAGUGACACAAAUAUUUAUCCUAGUAUCAGUGAUCCCGAUUAUCCUUCUGAUACUCCUCCAGAGCAAGUAAUUCCUGGUUCAGCCUUUGCUUUCAGUUCAACAGAAUCUCAGCCAAAUACUGACCCAGAAUUCCAAGACACAGAGUGGCCACCUCUUCCAGAACCGCUGGAUAACACCCCAAUUUAUCAUGCUGAUUUAGUCCACUUUGAUAUAGUCAUGCUAACCUCACUGGAUCAGGAUGACCUUGAUUCUGUGUUUAUGGACCCUGAACCAGAGCCUUUCAACGUGAGUGCAGAUUCAUCAUUUAAUGUUGAUGAUGGUGAACCUCCUUUAUACCAGUUUGAUUCUCAGAGUUCCCCUUUACCAGAUUUAGAUACUUAUGAUGAUAAUUCAGAAAUGUCCAAAGUACUAAUUCCACAGGUCACUGUUACAAUUUCACCACCCAGUUCAGUAUCCCCAGAUUCAUCACUGGAAAUAGACUUUGGACCUACAAGCUCAACACCAGAUCCUGCGCUGCCUGAUACAGAACCAUCAUCACCAGACUUUCAAGAAAUUCCUCCAUCAGAUGAUGUGAUGACCGAGACACUGGAGUGUGUGGCUCUAUCCCAGGAGACUGCAGGUCCUGUUGAAGAGGAGACCACAGGCAGUUCAGAGAGAUCCUCAAUGGAGCAUGGCUUUUUGUGGUACAGAUGGCAGAAGAGAGAAAAAAGGAGUGACACGGUGCGCAGGAGCGCCAGUGUUGAACUAUGGAGUGGUAGAUAUGAAUACAACAGUUCAGAAAUCACAUAUGUGUCUCUUACCCUUUGAGCACAUACCUCAUUCUCAGCAGACAAAAUGUAGCUCUAGUUAUAUUUGAAGGUCAUUGUAGCAUCAAGUGAAUUGAAGAACAAUACAAGGAUCUUAAAGAGGCAUUGGAGGAACUACUCGUUUCUAGAACUGUAUUGGAAAGAAAGGGAUUGCCAGAAACAAAACUACAUUUUAUGGAUCACAGGACACAACAGGAAUGUAGUGACCCCUCUGUGGUGGCAGAUAUGCUGACUGUAUAUAAUCUUUAAACCAGUCGUUCCUAAAUCUUGCCCUUAAGUACCCUCACUCUGCAUGAUUUAAAUGUGUUUCUGUUCCAACACACCUGAUUCAAAUGAUUUUAUGGCCUCCUCUGCAGCCAUCAUAUGCUAAUCAACCAUUUAUUUAAAUCAGGUGUUUGGAAGUAAGGAGACACCUAAAACAUGCAGGCCACAAAUACUUGAGGAUAAGGUUUGGGAACCACUGCUUUAAACUUUAUAAAUAUAAUUAAACGGCUAUCAUUUUGGACAAUUUUAAAUGUGCUACUUCAAAUCUUGAAACAAACUGAUUUGAAAUGUUCUCGUAUUGUCAUAGUUUUACACGCCUGUUUAAAAAGAGACAGUGAUUAACUGGUGGUACGAGAUCCUGACAAUCGUUGUAAAAACGAUAGACACUUUCUCUGAAUCUAUGUUGAGCUGCUUUGCCACUCUAAUAUGGAGUGAAACAUGUAUUGGUAGUUAUCAUAUAACUAUAAAGAUGCACUGUUUACCACGUGAGCUGUUGGAUGGACUUCUGAUGCUGCGAAAUGCUUUUUGCACAAUCUUAGAGUGAGAUUGACCACUGUACUGUAACGAUUGUAAGAAGACAAGCCAGAGGGAAGUUGUAAAAUAUUAUCUGUAGCUUAAAAUAGUUAAGAACCCUCCCCACAUUAAAGCUCACUUGAAAAAAAGUUGGGUUUUUUAUAAGAUAUUAUUGCCCUUCAUCAUUAUAUUCAUUAACAUGUUAAGAUGUUAAUCAGUCAUUAUUGGUUGUGCAAAGUGCAAGUCUGCCUUUCAUUUGUACAAUUUUCCAAAAUAAAGGCAGCUUAAAGUAAAUAGCUAAAUAUUACUUUUUGAUGGAGUAAAUUUUUAAUGAAACAACUGUAUCUUAUUGGAAACCGAACUAAUAAUUCACCCUUUUGACUAUUUGUGCAGGUACAGUUUAGAUAUGUAGCAUUUUUAGAUGCAGAACAAAAUCACAAAAUGCACACAAACAUUUUGGUAUCAAACCUUCUCCACAUGCAAACACAUUGCUGGAUUGAAAUAUAUGUAGGGGUACAAGCAAAUCUUGAGUUUUUCUUGGUAAAUAUAUUUCUAUUAGGCCAAGCAACAUAAAAUCAGCACCGUAUGUUAUUUUAAAUUCAAAGAAAUCAAAACAAGUUAAUUUAUAUUUUGGGCAACUGGAAUGCAAAACCUGUGCAAAGAUGGUCAGUGCAAUCACAUCCAAGUGGUCAGUUUUGGUUUCAUCAAACCAUACAACAUUCUCCUAUGAAAUCAAUGGGUUGUUUAUGAUUUUUGCGGAAAACAUUAAACAACCUUCAACUGUUUUUUUUUUUUUUUUCUUCAGCAGUGGAGUCUUAAAUUGUGACCCUUCACAAAGACACUGCUUUUGGGCUCAUCACUAUAUAUUUACUUUGAAAAACUGAAAUUGUUACCUAAUCCAUUUGCAUGUGGUCCUUUGCUCUCAAAUCCUAGGAAAACUCAUCUGUUUAGAAUUUUGACUACAAGAAAUUUCAAAAGGAGGACCUGGUUGUGGCUGGUUGAUGGUAAAUUGGUAUCUUAAAUUGGUACACUGGUCUCAGAAUAUAAUACAAAGGUCAAGAAAACACUCCCUACUUGUACCCAUGAUGAGAUGUUUCUUGUGUGAUACUUUUAAAAUUGGGAAUCUUUUAAUUGACCAUCACUAAUCAUUAAACUAACUGAUGUUAGAGGACAGGAUCACUUUCUAAAAAAUACAAAAUUUCAGCUAAUUUAUUGGCUUUUUAUGCCUUCUUACCACUUUUCUUCAUGCUUGUUACCUUGGCCAUGCCACAUUCGCAUGAAUUUAUAAAGGACUUGUUUUGGUUUCUUUGUAUGUGGAGAUUGCUACCAACAAUGGAUGUGAAUUUGUUGUCAAAAUCUAUUUACUGAGAAAAAUACUGAUAUGUGUAAUACUUGUAUUUCCCUGUCUAUUCCUUAAUUUGAAAAUAUAUAAAUACUGUACAUAAGUUAUUAAAUGAUAACUUGACUUGUCCGAUUAUAACAACAAACAUAGCAAGAGGUGUUUGUCUAUUUUUUUAAUUUAAAUAUCUUAUUCCUCAGGAAUCAAAGUUUGAGAAUGUAAUACCAAUGAGACAUAAGUGUAAUUACUUGUUGAAUUGUGUUUCUUCCGGAAAAAAAACUAUUGUAAACCAUUGAGUGGCUAUUUUUAACAUGUGUGACACUGAGUGAAGAAGUUACUGUUAUAAUGGUGCAUGACUGAUGAUUGCCUCAAUAUUUUGUGCAUUUCAUAAACCGUGCCUCAGUCCUUGGUCCAGUUCAUUCUGAUUUUCAGCACAAUGAAAGGAGCCUCCACACCAAUGGAGACACAGAAUUCUGUACCAUUAAUGGUCUACAAGCCAUUCACAGGAUGUGUUAUAUAUGUUUUCUCAGUCUGUUUAAUUGGCUCUAUAUGGAAUAGCCAACUCAAGGGUGGAUUCUUAUAAUGAGCUUUGAAUCCAAAUUAAUUUUCAAGCAGAACAUCAGUAGAAAAUCUUCUUGCGUAUUAUCUUGAAUUGAAAAUAUGCAAAGCACUUUAUGAAGGUUUUCUUAAUUGGAUGAAUCUGAAAACUUUACGAAAGGCAGGGAAGUUAAUUGGGGGUUUUCUGAUGCAUUUAUUUUAAACAUAUUCACCAAAUUCACCACUUUUUUACCACCCUGGGCCUCUUAAGAGACAAAUUCUUUUGUAAAAUGUUCUCGCGACGUAGCACACUGGUAUUAUGUUUACAUGUAACAUGAA